AUGGCUGGCAGCCUGUUUGGAAGGCUGUCCCUGGAGGAGGGGGACUCAGCCAACUCCCUGGAGGGCCUGGAUAUCAAGCUGGGGGGAGAAGCCAUGCAUCAGGCGCUGGACACACUGAGUGACAGCACGAGCUCCACAACUGCCAAUGACUUGGACCUCAUCUUCCUCAAAGGCAUCAUGGAGAGCCCAGUGGCCCAUGAGCGGUUUGAAGAACCCAAGCUCGAGGCUGUGCGUGAGAACAACGUGGAGCUGGUCCAGGACAUCCUCAAGGAGCUCAGCCCGCUCAUGCACAGGAGCCAGGCAGCCGACGAGCUCGUCCGCAUCCUGAAGGAACCCCACUUCCAGUCCCUCCUGGAGACCCAUGAUUCUGUGGCGUCCAAAAACUACGAGACUCCCCCUCCCAGCCCCUGUUCCUUCAUGGACGCGGCCCUCAACAACCAGCCUGUUCCACCAGAUGCAGUCAGGAUGGUCGGCAUUCGCAAGGUGUCUGGCGAGCACCUGGGAGUGACUUUUCGAGUGGAGAGCGGCGAGCUGGUGAUUGCCAGGAUCCUCCAUGGCGGCAUGAUCGACCAGCAGGGCCUGCUCCACGUGGGGGACAUCAUCAAGGAGGUGAACGGCAAGGAGGUGGGCAACGAUCCCAAAGUGCUCCAGGAGAUGCUGAAGGAGGCGAGCGGCAGCGUGGUGCUGAAGAUCCUGCCCAGCUACCAGGAGCCACACACACCGAGACAGGCCUUCGUGAAGUGUCACUUUGAUUACGACCCGUCCCACGAUAACCUGAUCCCCUGCAAGGAGGCAGGACUGAGCUUCAGCAGUGGUGAUAUUCUGCAGAUCUUUAACCAGGAGGACCUCAACUGGUGGCAGGCCUGUCACAUAGAGGGAGGCAGUGCAGGUCUAAUUCCAAGUCAGCUCCUCGAGGAGAAGAGGAAAGCGUUUGUGAAGAGAGAUCUGGAGCUCGCUACCACAGGUCCUCUGUGUGCAGGGAUGGGUGGCAAGAAGAAAAAAAAGAUGAUGUAUCUCACCACCAAGAAUGCAGAGUUUGAUCGGCACGAGUUGCGGAUCUAUGAGGAGGUUGCCAAAGUCCCGCCCUUCAGGAGGAAGACGCUGGUUCUGAUUGGAGCGCAAGGUGUCGGCCGUCGGAGUCUGAAGAACAAGCUGCUGGUGUCGGAUCCCCAACGCUACGGCACCACCAUCCCCUUCACUUCCAGAAAACCAAAGGUGGAUGAGAGGGACGGCCAGAUGUACUCCUUCAUGACUCGCAAUGAAAUGGAGUGUGACAUCAAAAAUGGCCGUUUCUUGGAGCACGGCGAGUAUGACGGGAACCUGUACGGCACCAAGAUCAACUCCAUACACGAGGUGAUAGAAACAGGAAAGAUCUGCAUCCUGGAUGUCAACCCACAGGCUCUGAAAGUCCUGCAGACGUCUGAAUUCCUGCCCUAUGUUGUGUUCAUUGAAGCGCCGGACUUUGAGGUCCUCAAAGCCAUGAAUAGGUCAGCGAUUGAGUCAGGAGUGGUCACCAAACAAUUAACGGACUCUGAACUAAAGAGGACGGUGGACGAGAGCGAGCGCAUUAAGAGAGCCUACGGACAUUACUUUGACCUUUGCAUUGUGAACGACGGCCUCGAAGCGGCGUUCCGAAGUCUACGGUUGGCGCUGGAGAAACUGUCAACGGAGCAGCAGUGGGUGCCUGUCAGCUGGGUCUUCUGAAAGCCACCUCGAGCUCAGGUGCCAGGGUCGCAGGUGGAAGGUGGAAGGACGAUUUCACAUUGGCGGCUCCAGAGAGCGCUGUUUCCGUAGAGCCGUUGGCGGUGGAUGUGUGUAGUGAAGGAGCCGAGCAUCAUGAUUCAGUGCAAAUGACCAGCCUCAUGUAGAGCAGUUUUGUACAAACUUAGUGUUCCUCCGUUGAGCCUAAUGUCAAGCUGUAUUUAAUUUGUCAGAACCCGGAAUAAUUCUAUUGAUGUUUGUUGAGAAGGAUUUAGAGUUGAUUAUGAGGUUUAGUGCAAUAGUGUGAGUGAGUGUGAGCGUGUGUGUGUGUGUGUGUGUUAUCAUAAACGUGGAUAUAGAGUAACGCAUAUGUUUUGCAAGUAACAGUGCUCUGUUGGAGGUUUUUUCCUUGAAGGACAUUAAACUUUUUAGCCUUUACAAAUCUUAAAUACUUUAUGUAGUGUAAUGUUUACAUGGGAUUGGUAGGACAGACUGGUUGAGGAAAGAUACCAAAUGUCAUAUUUGUAUCAAAUUCUCUAUCUUUUACCAUUUGAUCACACAGUAUGAUUGUAUGUGUUCAGAAAUGUGCUUAAUCUUGUACGUCUCCACAAAUCUGAAAACUGAACAGCAAUAGAUAAUCUUAAAUAUACAUGCAAUACAUCUAUUGACACACACUCUAAUGUGCACACAUGGCGAUAUAUACAUAUAUAUAUAUAUACAGAAACAAAGUGAGAGCAGUGGAAGACAUUCUUGCUGAGACGUUUUGCAUUUGUCUCGGUUUGUUUUAUUUCCUUUCUUUAUGUUGAGCAUUUGCUGUCCCGUUGCUGGUGAAGCUCUGGUCUGUUUGACAGUGAAAAGAUCCGGCCAGUGGAUCACAGUGUCGGACUACUGACUGCUUAAUUCUCUUGGAGUUGUAUUUGUAGCAUCAAAAACACUUAAACCCUAUUUCAAAAAAAAAAAAACAAGAAAGAAAAAUACCUGAAGAAGUAGCCUACAGUAUGCACCGAUUGUAUAAUGAAGGCAAACAUUAUAUAACUAAACAUUACCGGUCGGACAGUUGGUGAAAGUACUUUUUUUGUUUUGGUUUUUGAUGUACAAACAGUAAAAAAUAUUUAUCAGUGGCUUCUAAUUCAUGCUUACUUUUGCCUUAACAUGGUUCAAAAGCCAAGGAAACACUCUAUUUUUUCAUCAUGGAACAUUUCACUUCUGUCACUGUACAUGUUCCUUCUUAGAAAAUAGAAAAAAAAUAAUUCUGGCAACUUAUUUAAUAUUUAUUUUAUUUUUCCCUUCAACCUGUAAGUACUGUAUUGUAAUAAAGAGUGUAUAGUAUAACAUAGAGAAACACUUGGUGCUUUGAUGACUCUGCCGGUUUGUAGAUGCAGUCGGACAACUACACUGUAGUUUUGAUGUUCAUAUAAAAAUGUAUUAAAAAUGGAAAUUGUGCAGAA